AUGGGUUUCCGUUUACUAGAUGUGGUAAAACCUUUCACGCCAUUUGUUCCGGAAGUCAUUGCCCCUGAAAGAAAGGUAGUGUUCCAGCAACGGCUCAUGUGGACCGGAAUCACCUUGUUGAUUUUCUUGGUGAUGUCGGAAAUUCCGCUUUAUGGAAUUGUGUCUUCAAAUGACUCCGAUCCAUUGUACUGGUUGAGAAUGAUGUUGGCAUCCAAUAGAGGUACUUUGAUGGAAUUAGGUAUUUCGCCCAUCGUUUCCGCUGGUAUGGUGUUCCAGCUCUUACAAGGAACCAAAUUGAUUCACGUAGAUAUGUCCAAUAAGGAUGAUCGUGAACAGUUUCAAACCGCACAAAAACUUUUUGCCAUUCUUCUUGCCGUGGGUCAGGCUACCGUGUACGUGUUGACGGGAAUGUACGGACCUCCUAAACUGUUGGGCGUAGGUGUUUGUUUGUUGCUUGUUUUGCAAUUGGUGUUUGCUGGUGUGGUGGUGAUUCUUUUGGAUGAAUUGCUCCAAAAAGGUUACGGUUUGGGAUCGGGUAUUUCCCUUUUUACCGCCACCAACGUUUGUGAACAGGUGUUCUGGAAAGCUUUCGCCCCUACCACUUCUAAUACCGGAAAAGGUACCGAAUUUGAAGGAGCCGUGGUGGCUCUUUUCCACUUGUUGGGUUCUCGCCGUGACAAAAAGCGUGCUCUUAUCGAGGCAUUUUACCGUCCAAACUUGCCAAAUAUGUUCCAGUUGUUGGCCACCGUCGGCAUGUUCUUCUUGGUGGUUUAUUUGCAAGGUUUCCGUAUCGAAUUGCCCGUCAAAUCCACCCGCCAAAGAGGUCCUUACGGUCUGUACCCUAUCCGGUUGUUCUACACCUCCAACAUCCCCAUUAUGUUACAAAGUGCCCUCUCGUCCAACAUCUUCAUAAUCUCACAAAUGUUGUUCAUGCGCUGGCCCGAUAAUCUCUUUGUCAAAACCUUGGGUUCAUGGGACGCUCGUCAAGGCUCUUCUCAACUCUUUGCCGUUUCCGGUCUCGCCUACUACAUGCAACCACCUCUCUCGUUCACAGAGGCAUUGUUGGAUCCAGUCAAGACUGUGGUGUACAUUCUGUUCGUGUUGGGAUCGUGUGCCAUGUUUUCCACCACCUGGAUUGAAAUUUCCGGAAAUUCUCCUCGUGACGUAGCCAAGCAGUUUAAGGAACAAGGCUUGGUUAUUGCCGGUCACAGAGACACCUCGGCGUACCGCGAGUUGAAAAAAAUCAUCCCCACUGCCGCUGCAUUUGGUGGAGCCACAAUUGGCGCGUUGUCGGUGGUAAGUGACUUGAUGGGAACCUUGGGUUCUGGAACCUCGAUCUUGUUGUCGGUGACCACCAUCUACGGGUACUACGAGUUGGCUAUGAAGGAAGGAGGCUUCGGCAAGUCGGUUGUGUCGGGGUUCUCCGACGGUAUCUAG